AUGAUCUAUCGAAAAUGGCGCGACGAUCUAUUGAACCAAGGCAAGAUUACGAAGCUAAACCACAAACCUAACUUUACACUACACGCGCGUAUCGUUAACGAACGCGUAACUCAUGACUGUCGCCCACUGCUACCAUUCAUUACCACAGACGGCGGAUUCCCUAACAUUCAAAGUUGCUGGCCCAUAGUGGCAUGGGCGGCGCAGCAAGCGUAUCUAGCCAAGAUCGAUCUGACCAAAGCAUUCCAUUCAAUACCGCUAGCCUCCGACCAAGUCGGGGCGUACGCAUUCCAGAUCGACGGCCAAUACUAUGCUUAUACGACAAUGCCAAUGGGAGCUACCAAUGCCCCCAAACACUUUCAUGCUGAUGACAUUUUCAUCUCUGCCACUAACUCAAAGCAACUACGCCAGCGUUACCAGAAAGCCAUAGACUACCUAAUCAAAUGCAACUUCCAAGUCAACAAACUCAAAUCCCAGCUUAAUUGUACAGACCUACUAGGGUAUACUUUAAACAACCACCAACUGUCAAUACCAGAACAGAAAUGGAAACGAAUAGAGGAACUACUCAACUCAAACAAUCUAGAUCUAAUCAAAAGAGCUGCCCAAACGCUCUCCUACUACAAACACACACUAUCCGAAAGCCAACAAUUUACCAUACGCAAACUACUAACUAACAAGGUUAAAGACUCAGACAUUUUGACCGUAUACACUAAAGCUUUGGCUGUUAAACCUAAGAAGACCUUCUCCGCAUCAGCCGGGGAACCACUCAAACUAUACCUAGACUCCUCGAACACAGCUGCGGGACUUGUACUCAAACAAGCAGACAACAUACUACUAACUGCCUCAAUACCGUUACCCGCAGUACACAACUACGCCAACUCAAGGUGA